UUUUUCGAUUUCUGAGAAAAGAGAUUUUGCGAGUUGCCAAAAUGUAUAAAGUUUUAAAGUUGUUUCUCAUAAUUGCUCCCUUACUGAUUGCAGCUCGAAGGUAUAAAAUAGCCAACAAAGGCGAAUACGUAUCAUCGAUCGAAGAAUUUCCUUACCAGGUAGCGAUCAUCGUUGAUAAACAUUAUCAAUGCGGUGGUGCUUUGAUUUCCGAUCAACACGUUCUCACUGCUGCGCAUUGCGUCCAAGACGUCGUCAAAGAUCCUAACAGCUAUGUGGAGAUUCGAGCUGGCUCGACAAAUUGGAGAAGCGGAUACACAAAGUUCGACGUUCGCAGAGUAGCCCACUCUCCGGACUACUGGAAAAACAGUGUAGUAGGCGAUGUUGCAGUUAUUCAACUUAAAGAGCCUGUGACUUUCACUGAGAAAAUAAAGCCAAUCAGUUUACCUAAUUUACAUGCCGACGUACCUAAAGGAACCCUCGUUUGGAUCGCCGGAUGGGGAUCGAACAUCACCUCUCCAUUCGUGUCAGAUGAGCUGCGAGUAACCCUCACAAACACCGUGUCUUAUGAGUUUUGCGAGGAAAAAUGGAACGCCACAGUAUCUAGACAUAAAAUUUGCACCUACCGAUCGGAUUUCCAUGGCACUUGUCCGGGAGACAGCGGCAGCCCCGUGGCCGAUUUAGAUAGACAAGUAGUCUUAGGCAUAGUGUCUGGAGCAGCCAAUCCCUGCGCAAGUGGCAUUCCAGAGUCACACACCAAAGUAUCCGACUACCUGAUAUUCAUCUUCGACGAGAUGAGUAAUGCACCGGGCCGUCUUCCCGAUUACGUACAUGAAGGAUACCCUGCCGUGAAUUACCAAUAAUUUUUUUUAAUUGUAACUUCAGCUCUGUUGAUACUCUUUUGAUCUGGAAGAAGCUGUUAUUUGCUAUCUUAUCUAAUCGUUUCAAUUGAGAAGGUGCUUAUGCGAGAUUGAGUGAUCAUGUUUGAUAGAAAUUGGUUGUAUUUAAUGUUUUUUAAAGAGUUACACGGCGAUGUGUACGA